AUGAACGUGGGCUGCAACAAGUUUGACUGCAGUAGACGCCAGAGCUUAUUGGCGUGCAUCAUUCAUCCUCCAUCCAAUCCGCUCAACAUCCCGACCCGUCGUCGCAGGACCCAAAGCGCAAACCUGCAAGACGCGCUCAACUGUCGCAUCAACCUCUCUUCCUUCACUCCCACAACACCGACUCAGCAGCCCGACAGCGACGCACAGCAACCUUCGUUUGCAUCUUCUCACACCAGCAGCAGCUACCUCCAACCCUCCGGACAAGCCGGUAUAUCCUCGCAGCCCACCCCCUCGCUCGUUGACGACAUUGUCAGUGCUGGUCAGAAUCCGGCUCUUCGCAAAGUCCUCUUUCAGCUAGGCUCAGGCCAGACAUCUCAACUGGCCGCGGCUGCUGCAAGUGAGCAAUACCUCUCUGCUUCCUCUUCGACUGCUCCUCCUCCAGCAUCAGACGCAACGUCACCAUCCGAUCAGCAGUUCGAAGCCGAGACCGACAAGAGUGGCACUGGCUCUGCUGCUGCCCCCGCUGACGCACAACAGGCUUCAGCAUCCAGUAGUAGCAGCAGCACGGGUACCAGCAGCGGGUCCACACAGCAAGCAGCACCACAGACUUCAUCCUGGCAAUCGCUAGCACAACCUUUCACCGGCGGCACCUCUUUCCGCCAACACCUCGAAAGAAGUCAGAUCCACCUGCAGCAGCCAAGCACCAUGUCGAACCAGAGCAUGCAGUCGCAACUACAAGCUGGUCAGCAGCCACAAAACCAGUCCGGUCCGCUCGACUCGGUCACCCUGGGCCAGCUUCGCAACCUCAUCGUCGUCGAUAAGCCAAAGUCGCGCCAGUACGACUUCCCUGUCAAUGCCGAUGCCGAUUCGAUGCAGAACGAGAUUGACGAAUUCUACUCGUACGUCGAGGUGCCUCAGACCGCUGAAAACAGGGCUGCAUGGGAGGAAUGGUGCGCAUUACCUGCCCAUCUCCGUAAUAUUGGCUAUUCGUCCACAGCGUCCCAUCCCACACGGGACCCUUCCGCAUCCUCUGGCCACAGUCAGCUCGCACAAGAUGGAGGUGCUCUUGGUCUCGGUCUCGACCUCGAUCAUGGAGUUCCUUCCAGCAGCGCGUCCAACCACACCACUCGAGACAGGCGGUCCGGCUUGGCCGAACCUCUGCUGGGCGAGUGGACCACUCUCGGCAGUUCGACACGACGUCGCAUCCUUCAGUCGCUCCUUUCCACGCUCGAAGUACGCGACCCUGAAGCAAGAUUCCGCGCCUCACGUGCACUCCUCUAUCUCCUCCAGGGUGCUUUUGCCGAUACCGCUGGCCCCGAGCAUCAGCUUCAUUGGCUUCUCGAAAACGCGCGCACCGUCCGCCAGCUCGGUGGCUUGGGCGAGAUCUACUCGGCCAUCAAACACGCGAGCUGGAAGCACGACUACCUCAGCUCGCUUCCCGAUCACAUACCCGCACACGAACCUAGCCAGUCGGGUCAACACGGCCCUGCUAACGCUCCUCUCCUCACACCAGAAGCCAAGCUCGAAUACCUUGACGAGAUCAACCUCGAACUCGCUCUCCACUUUGCACAACUCUACUCGCUCCUCGAGAGUUCCAGAGGCGAGGACGAGUGGGGUGACGAACUCAUGAGCCUCGACCCUCCCCUUCCCAUCUUUCUUUUCGGGCUGGUUGCCUCUUUGCGCGAAAAAAGCGCCAAGGGCUAUCCCGUCAAGAAGCUGCUCCUCUUGCUGUGGAAAUCGCUCCUCUCGUGCUUCGGAGGCUUGAAGGAUGUCGAGCGAUGCAAGCUCUUGGCUCGCGAGAUCGAAGGCUUGGGUCCCGUCGACAAGUCGGCCAAGCGUAACGUGCUGAAAUCCGAUCCCCUCGACUUUCAAGACUUUCAAAAUGAGAUCUCAGUCAAGUAUCCCACUUUCGAGCCUCCCAAACGUCAGGACAACGACCUCCCUCUCGAUAAGCUCGCCAGUGCGAUCCACCCCAUCCCGCCGCGCAAACCCUUCAGCAACCACAUGGACGGCUCCGACCGAGGCUACCCAGGUGGCCCCCAGCAAGGUCCCAACGGCAUGCUGCCUGGCACACCGGCGCCCUCACCCCCACCGUCGCCCAAGCCCAACAAGGCCAAGUACCAAACCGACCAGACCCGUCCCUUCAUCUUCCCCUACAGCCGCCAGGUGCACGGUCCAGGGCGUCUGGUGCCGCGCAGCAUCGACGAGGCUUCCAAGCUGUACAGCGAGCACAUGCACAUCAGUCUUGAACUCUGGCAGACGUGGCGCGUGCGUGAACAGUGCAUUCACGAAGAGAGUGGAGUCGGCAGCGCUGCUAAUGGCGCGCGCAUCGGCCUUGGCGUCAAGCAAGCGGCGGCCAAAGUGUUUGCCAAUCGCACCGACGCUGCCUCAUCCUCCCAAGGCAGUCGCAGCCCCGUCAGCUCUGAAGCAUUCCCGUCACGCGGCAUGUCAGAACGCACCUUCAAAGUCAAGGGCGAGGCCACCUACGAGCACCUCGUCGAGAUCGAAGACGACAUUGAGGCAGAGCUGCGCGCUGUCGAAGGCGACCACAUGCUCGCAGCGCUCGACAACCCACGUCACACCGAGCUCAUUGACCAGCUUGCACAAAAGCGUGCCGACGUGCGACGACUGCAGCGCGUCGACCAGCUAUAUCGCGCCGUGCUCCCGCAACUUCAGCCUGCGGUCAUCGUCCUCCUUAAGCUUUUGCUUGCCACCGUCACUUCCAUCAACACAAAUUCGGCGCACGCUGCCGCCAUUGCCGAAGGCGCAGCUAUCGACGAAGCUCCACCGCCGACGCUCGAAGACGUCGAUGUCGCACGCCAUCGUGAGAUCUUGACCAAAGCCGUCUCGGCCAUCCUACUCUUGUGUCUCAAGUGGUUCAAAGCCAGCCACGUGAUGAAGUUCAACUAUCUCUCUCAGGUGUUGGUGGACAGCAACGUGCUUCUUCUCAUCCUCAAGAUCUUUGGUCUACAAGAGAUUGCGCAUGGUGUCAAGACUAAAAACGAGGCCGACGACUUUCGCUUCUUCAAUUACUGCUACCUCAACGGUGGCCGUGAAGCCCGAGGUGCCCGUGCCGAGGACUCGCUUAUGUCACGACACAACAUCAUCGGGCCUGUUGCCAUCAACCCUGGGACCACCUCGCCGCCGCCCGGUAAAGUGACGACCAUGCCCGACGGCACCGAGAUCGAAGUGGUUAGCGACUAUUCUUGGCGCAACUUUUUCUCAAGCGUCAACUUCACCAGGAUCCUGCAGAAGCUGACCAAGCGCAAAGUGCACAGGAUCCUGUUGCUGGUACAGUACAAGAGUUCGGCGAUCCUCAAGCGCUCGUUGAAGGUUCCGCAUCAGGGUUUGGAGCUGUACGUCUUGAAGGUGAUCAAGAGCCAGAUUCCUUUCUGCGGUAGGAAAUGGCGCCAGAGCAACAUGCGCGUCAUAACGAGCAUUUACUUGAACUGUCGACCGGAUCUCAGGGACGAGUGGCUGAGCGGAUCUGACGUGGAAGCGGACGUCGAGGACUCGUUGCCACAAGAACAAGCGCUCAGGUCGUUGGUCAAGUUUUACAAUAAUACGAGAUUUGGUCCGCCGCCUGGCCCGAACCACGCGCACGGGGAAGGACACGCUCACAAGCGUUCUAUCAGCACCAAUGCAGAGAGACACCAGCAGCAAGAACAGCACAGCCACCCAGCCAAUCAGCAGCAGGGACAGCAGCACGGUCAGCCGUCCUCGUACUUCCAGCAGCAGCAGCAACAGCAGCAGCAGCAGCAACAACAGCAGCAACAGGCACAGCAGGCUCAGCAGGGACAGUCACCACUAGAUUCAAACCAGCAGCAGUCGCAGGAACGCGGAGCAGCUGGUACCGCAAAUGGUGAUGGCAGCAGCGAGCAAUCCUCACACCUUGCCGCGCUCUCUCCCACACGCACUGCCAAUGGCCCAUCGUUCUUCGAGAGCGACGUGUUGCCGCCUUUGCGCAGAUCGCACCAGACAUCGGCGCCGGGAGGUUACAUUCCCGACGACGUGGUGGAGGGAUACCUCGAUACGUACGAGGACGUACUCGGUGAGGUCUUUGGCGAGAACGUUUUCUAUCCGUCCGAUGGUGGACACGACAGUGCAAACGGCGAAGGAGACACUGGUCACGGCGGAGAUGGUGCCAGCGACGCUGGCGCCUCUGGUUGGAGCUCCGGCAAGUGGGGCUUAACACAGCAGGGAUCGUCUACCGCUUGGGCUCGACUGGGCAAAAUCUUGGGUGAGACAGUGACGGAUUCGGAUGCAUCCAGCAUUGACACGUCGCGUUCUGGCUCGGGAGCCGGGUCAAGCUCCACCACGGACGACGACGGCGAAAGCGAAGAGGGUCGAGAUGAGAAUCGCAACGAUUGGGAGCAUCUUUCUCCCAAGGAGAUGCGCUAUCUCACUUCGGGAGUUCUGUCUCCUCCCUCGCCUUCGCCUGUUCCACUGCGUGGGGGCAAACAGCCUUCGCCGAUGCAGUCGCCCUUGAUGUCUGCUUCGCCUUUGAGUGGCGGGUCGGCUCUCGAUACUUCGCCAGGAUCGCCCGUGCGACCUUUUACGAUUUCGGGCGUGGCAACGGGCAGUUCGAGUCGACCAGGAAGCAGGAGGAAUAGUCGAUCUAAUUCGGACAGCAGCCCGCUGCGACCGGUGCUGACGGACUGGAAGAACGACGACGAGUUGGACUCACUAGAUAUGCUCGCUCAGGCCGAGGCGAGGAGGGAGCAGAAUGCGAAUGAGCAAGAGGAGGAGGAGGAGCAGUCAGAAGCGCCGCUGCCGCUGCAGCACAGGAAGGCGGGUGGCAUUGAUGAGGUUGAGCAUAUCUUUGGCACUUGA